UUGAAUUAUCUGGACCGUUGCGAUUUUAUAAAGUGUAAUUAUUUGAAUUUGUAUGUUCUAAUAAUUGUGACAGUUUUGACUGUGUAAUGUCAAAAUGAGUAUAACUUGACGUUUCUUGUUUUUGACAUUCUACUCCGAUACGGUUCUACAGCUAAAAGUAACGGAAAUACGACUACUGGUCAGAAGUUCUUGGAACUAUGAACGUGGAUAGAUCUUAUGGUAUUGACGAUUAUCAACCAUCCAGAGGCAAUGGUUUAGGUUUUGGCCUAGAACCGUCAACAUUUAUUUCGGUACUGGCAUUCCUAGCGUUCCUUCUACAUGCGCUAUUAAUACUACUUAUACCAACUCUAAAGUCGUUUUUUACCGGACCUUUUUUUGGCCAUGGGAUUGGUUAUAGUAAUGGAUUCGGUGGUGGAGGAUUCGGAGGAGGGCCUGGAUUUGGUGGUGGAAGUUAUGGAGGUCUGCAAAACGGAGGCUACGGGACCGUCAGUGGUUUCGGUUACGGGGCCGUUCCGUCCAUAUUGGGUGGUGUCAACAGCAUAUUGGGUACAGGGUUAUUGGGCACGACAGGGUUAUUGGGCACGGGGCUGUCUGGACUAUUUGGUCCUGGAGUUGCAGGCUUAGGGGCCGCUGCGCCAGCGGCUGCGGCGUCAACACCGCUGGUUACUCGAGGUGCGAGUAGAAGUAGAACAGUCGACAAGAAAAACAAAACGUGGAUGUCUGAAGAUGAAACGCAAGUUAAACCUACAAAUAAUGAAGUAGACGAGUCGACUGGACGAAGUAUGAAGGCAACCAGAUUGCUGAGUAAAUGCAAUUUUUACUUUUGUUUAUUUGGAAAAACGAAAUUUGAUCAUAUGUUAGUGUUACGAGAACGUAAAUGAUAAUAUUAUAUAUAUACAAUAUAUUAUAUCCUUAUAAGUUAUAUCACGCCGACACCAUGUUGGUCCUCAUACAUUCAUAAUACGAGUAUAAUAAUAAAAACAAUUUUAUUCAUAGUCACGUAGAUACUUGAGUUGUCACUCGUCAUUCAUCAACUAUGCGUAUAAAUAUAUAUUUUACUCUGCUAAAACUU